AUGGUAGGAUACAAUGAACUGAGGGUACGACGGGAGUUCUCCAUGGCGCUAUAUUUAAUAAAGUUAUUGAGGGGAUAUGCGCAUAACCCUGGAGUACUCCAAUCCCUCUCUCUAUGUGUGCCGGACAAGUACAUUGAGAAGCGCCACAGACCCCCGCUAUUCUGCGUGCCUCAAGCACGAACCAAGCUGCUCGCGAAGUCUUCUCUUGUUCGAGCGCUCCGGGUUCUUAAUGACCUCCAUGGGAGAGUGGAUAUAUUUACAUGCAAGUUGGGUGAAUUAACAAAGGGGAAACACACAUUAACAAAAACGAAUGCACAUUCUUUUUUGUUAAUAUCUACUGUAUCACUUCGUCAGGCGCGCCAACACGGGCGUCACCCAGCGCCGCCGAGCCCGCGUCCGCGCAGCCCGAUCCACCCCGCGCCGACCGGCGUACGCGCCUACUCCUGCCAGCACUGGGAGUCCCGCCUCCUCGCGCCCCCGCCGCGGCCCCUCUCCGAGCCCUCGCCUCACUCGCCCCACUCGCCACACUCGCCCCACUCGCACUCGCCAUGCGACCUCGUCGAGGUACAGCCUACUGUAUGUAUAAAGCAUUGCGCCGCCGGGCGUGCAGCAUGGCAAGAAGCAGCGGCUCUGUCCGUUGGCGGCGGCGGCGGGGCCGCAGGCGGCGCGGCGCGGCGAUGCUCAGUGCUCGGCGACCACCCCGGAGCCAGGCGCGACCCCCGGGCCAAGUGGCACAGGAACAACCGGGUGCGCGACGCGUCAUACGGAUCGUCUUCGGAAUCGGACGGGGACGAGGCGAACGGCGAACCGUGGGGGGUGGCCCGGCUUCUGUAUGCAGGCUUGGUGACCUUGGCCGUUGGUCUGGUGGUAUACUUCGUGGGGACUGGAGACAAGCCUUCCCAGGGUUUCAAGACGCCAGCCUUGCGGCUCGUGGGCCCGUCGCUCAUAGUCGCUGGGCUGGCGUGCUGUUUGCUGCGCAUCAUGUUCUGCAUCUGCGCAAAGCCGUGUUGCAAACGACGGACCAACCACAAAGAGAACAGAAGACUGUCAGGCGGCGCGGAGGGCGAGGAGAUGCCGCUGGCGGGGUGCGGGGCGCGCGCCGGCCCCGCGCAGUGCUCGCCCGCGCGCCGCCUCGACGCGUCCUCGUGCGACGUGUCCAGCCUGUCCAGCGGCGAGGAGGACGAGCGGCUCCGGCGGUACCGCACGCACCAGCCCCCGCCCCCGCCGCAACCCCCGCCGCUACCCCCGCCGCAGACUGUGCUAGUGCAGCAGGCGAAUCCCCCACGGCCGUCGGUGUCCGCACUGAGCAGCGCGGGCAAGCGGCCGCCGCCGCGCAACGUGUCCUUCGCGGGACCCGACGGCGAGAUCGUGCUCAGCCCUUCGCAACUGCGCUCGUAACCAAGCAAUAAACUGUACGGUGACACGGGACUAUGCCAAAAUUUGUGCACUCUGAUGGGACUACGCCAGAAUGUUUGCUUGAUACGGCUUGCCUUUAUUUUAUAUUAAUUGUCGUUUACGCGCAAAACUUGACUAUAAACUUUUUUGUAUACAGUAUCGCACAGUUGUAAUCAUUUUGUUAAUGCUCAUGACAGCUUUGCUCUUCCAGUGUGUUACGCUACUUAUCCACAGAACUACAAAGGACAAAUGCAGCAAAAAUUACUCAUUUAUUUAAGGAACAAGAAAUCUACUAAAGACGUCACACAUUUUGGCAUAGUGUUAUUUCGAUUCCGUCACUUGUACUUUUCUACGAACUGUUCUUACGUAAUUAUGUGAUAACGUGAGGUGUCAUUUGCACGUUUUGUAUCGAUAUCAUGUUCAUCGAUAUAUUCAUUUACGUUGUGCAACGAGUGUAUAUGAACAACUUUGAUAAAUUGUGUUAUUUAACGGUAGGGUUCGUGUCAUAAGCGUUUAAACUCCGUAGUGAUUUUACUGAAUGUGCUAGUUCCAUCCGUCUGCAUACUAGUAGAGACAUUGACCAAUAAGAUGCAAUUUCAUUGAAAUUACCCAACUUUAUAGCUCUACAACUAAGCGUACCAAACUAUACGAGACUCGAGAAAAUGCACCUUAUUGCUAUAUGCAACUAAAUAGAUUAUGAAUGUAUAAUAUAAACAUAAUUAUUUUAAAACUGCCUAACUACUAGAUGCGAAUUUAUAUUUAAAUAUAAAAUUCAUAAAAAUAGAUUUAUAACUGACAAUAAUGAUUGUUAACUGAUGUAUAAAGUGUUAUGGCGUAUGUACGUUGAUUUUAUUUUAAUUAUAUAAUUAUCCAAUCGAAACCAAGUAGUUCAACCGCCGAGAAAAUAUUAACGUUUUAAUCAAUUCUAAAUGUAUAAUAUUUUAAAUAUAUAUACAAAUUAAUAACUUUACAGUAUUGCUAUCACAUACAGUCAUGUUAUAUUAACAGUAAAUAAGUAUAUUUUAAAAAUCAUCUACUUACUGUUUAAAAUAAUACUCAUGCUUCAAA